AUGCUACCGCUUCCCAUCGAGGUCGUCGAGAGUAUCAUUGACCAUCUCUCUUUCUCCUUUUAUACCCUCAAAGCCUGUGCGCUCGUAUGCAAGUCCUGGUAUCCGCGAAGCCGCCUACAUCUCCUCCGGCGCAUCGUUCUCUUCUCCCGCACUCAAGUCAAACAUUUUGCCCAUGUCAUGCAGCGUAGUUUGCACGUUGGCCCUGAUUCCCUCGCUAUCACCAACGUCAGCAACAUGGUCUCUGAGGUCGUCCUCCGCGGAGACGACAGCACCCUCGACAUCCCCCCCACUACCGCACGCGCAUCUCCACCCAAUCGCGCACCGUCAAUCGCGCACCUCAGCACGUUUGCAGUGAUGCUUGCACGCAAGCUGCCGCGACUCACGUAUCUCGGGAUUACAUCCGCAACCUUUACGCGCAGCUCGCUUCACCCGGACGUACAUCUCCAUCUCUCCGCAUUCGUGUCCAUCACCUGGCUUGACCUGCAUAACGUCGCAUUCGCGUCCCCCGCAGACUUUGCGCGUCUCGUCUGCGCAUUCCCUGGCGUGCGCCGGCUCGGCUGCUGGGCUGCCCGUCCAAUGUUCGCCAUUCCCACCAACGUUACUCCUUCCAAUGAUGGCAAGGACACAGGCUCAGACGCUGUGGACGCGUACUGGGAGAAGCACUUCCAUCCGGGCUGGUUCGCGCGCAAGGCUCCAGGUCUGCAGUUGGCUGAUCUGACGUUGAACGGCGUGCACAAUGCGCGCACGGUCGUCUCUGUGCUCGUGCGCGCAGGACUCGCGACGCGGUUGACCUAUAUGACCAUCGGGUACUAUGCGCCCGUGCCGGAGCAGGACAUCCAACCACUUUUAGAAGGAGCGGGGAGAACGUUGGCAACAUUGGACGUCACACUGGUGCCUGAAAGACAGGCAGAGCCGAAGUUGCUGAACGAUUCAGCUGUUCCAGUCUACCGCACUGCUUUGAACCUAAGUUCAAACACGAACCUUGCAGUGCUCUUCCUGCGGUAUCCCCUCUCCCUUGCCUCGGACACAACGACAGCUCUAGAGUGGCUGCCUCACCUCCUGGCCAGCGCUGCACCUGCGCUGCGGCAGGUGAUGCUCGUGCUCGACAUCCGACAUCAGGUGGACGCCGCGCCGCUUGACAGGAUCUGCGCUGCGUUCACGCCUGCUGUAUGCGCCGCCAUCGAGGAAGCGAUCUGCGCCAUUGCAGAGCCGCCUGACCUAGAUGCUCCCCAAUCUGUAGCGGGCACGGGCUCAGAUCUGCGUGCUCCACCAUCUGAACAGCAACAGCGGCGACCGAAAUUCAAGUUUGAGCAGCUCAUAGGUAUCCAGUUCGCGCUGUGGGUGAGUGCGGCCCCUGGGCUGGCGGCGCCAGACGCAGAGGAAUGGCGAGCGAGGCUCCUUCCGCGGUUCCCGCUGCUGUGUGCACACAACGUGUUCUAUACAAAGACUGCAGUAGAAGACUGGGUGGGUUUUCAGCAUUGA